AUGAGAAAGCGAAUAAAUAGUUUGGAAGGUAAAUUUCUCUCUCGGGCUGGUAAGGAGGUUCUCAUCAAAUCUAUGCUCCAAUCUCUUCCUUCGUACGCAAUGAAUGUCUUUCUUUUCCCAAUCGGUACUUGUAAAGAACUUGAGAGAUUGAUGGCGAGUUUCUGGUGGAAAUCAAACAAAUCUAAUAGCAAUGGAAGUGGGAUUGUGUGGAUGAACUGGGAUAGAAUGACAAGGAACAAAGCUGAAGGUGGUAUGGGCUUCCGUAAUCUGAGGGAUUUUAACCUUGCUAUGCUUGGAAAACAAGGCUGGAGAUUCAUGCUUAGACAUGAUUCUUUGGUCAGUAAGAUUUUCAAAGCGAGAUAUUAUCCACAAGGUGACUUUUUGUCUACUGAAUUAGGCUCUAAUCCAAGUUUCAUUUGGAGUAGCAUCUUUGCUGCUAAGGACACGGUUAAGCUGGGACUAAGGAAAGGAAUAGGGUCUGGUUUAACUGUUGACAUUACAUCUGAUCCUUGUUUCAAAUGA